CUUACUUGUAAUCGAUCUGAUUGCUAUUUUUAUCAUCCACCGAAACUAAUCAGAGAUAAAAUUGUCGCUAAACGACACGCGCAAUAUCUUCGUGAAAAAGUAAUUCGUGACGCUUCGAAAUCUCGUAAACUUAAUGGUCUACUAACGUUUGAGCAAAACAUAAAUGCUGGUAAUAAUAUUACAAGGAUUUCGCAAAAUAAACUGACAACACCAAAUAAAUCUUGUAAUCAAUCAGUAGUUCCUCAGGAGUUAAUUAGAAUAACGGAUAUUCAUUCAUCAUCAUCAGUUAUUAACAGAGAUAAUUUACAUAAUUUUUUACAUGAUUGCCAUGCUGAUUCCAUACAGUUGACAAAUCCAAAUCACUAUCUUCUACAACAACACUCACUCUCAUCCUCAUCACUUCCACUACAUCAAUCAUCACAGCUAAAUCAACAAACAAAUUUCAAUCCAUUCAUUCAAUGUGGUACAACAAAUCAUUCAAAUUCCCAUCUAAUCCCCAACAGUAUUCCUUCAUACUUAUCAAAUAUUUUGUUGAAUAAUUUACUUUACAUUCCACCAUCUAGUAUUAAUUCAAGUUUAUUCCUACCUAAUCCUCGUCCAGUCCUAACAAAUACAACAAAAUCUCAAUUUCCCGAUAUAAAUCUGUUCUGUACACCAAAUCAAAUUGAUUACGAAAAGUUGUGCAAUCUAAUUUUGUUAAAUUCUACACCGUUAACACAGCCAAUUUAUUCGUCGAAUUUA